ACAUUGUCAAUAAUAUAAUAACAACUUGGAGGAAAUCCAACAGAAUCGUGAAGCUUUGCACUACUUUCGUAUAAUCUCAAAACUGUUAAUGUGUCAAAUCUGCUUUUCUUUCUAGAAGUUGUGAUUCCUUUCCCAAUCAAAACUUCCCGACACCACUUAUUACACAAAGUCGCCAUUUGCGGGAACCCACAUAAACUUCCGCCGCCGGCUUUCAGAUCGGACACUAAUAUCUACCAACCAUCCUGUUGAACUUGCUCUCCGCUAUACCUUAAAGCUGUUUUCUAAACAAAAAAUAUCCCCAUUCAUUCAAAGCCACCUCGAUUCAACAAAACUCCACAUUUCGAUUCUUGAUUAUCAUUCGCACAAUCCGCCAUAAUGUCUACAGCUGCUCGUCGUCGUCUUAUGCGGGAUUUCAAGGUUAGUGGCAAUUCGUGGAGGGGCACAAGAUCAUGAUUCGGAGGGAAUCUAACUUUCAUCUAUAGCGCAUGCAAACCGACCCUCCUGCUGGUGUUUCAGCAUCUCCUGUUGCAGAUAAUGUCAUGCUCUGGUUAGUAUUUCUUCCAGAAUGUCUGACGUUGAAGAAUUUGAUGCUAAUAUCGAAAUUAUUAGGAACGCUGUCAUUAUCGGUCCAGCAGAUACUCCAUUCGAAGAUGGAACUUUCCGACUUGUUAUGACCUUCGAGGAACAAUAUCCAAACAAGCCACCCGCCGUCAAGUUCAUUAGUCAAAUGUUCCAUCCUAAUGUUUAUGCAACCGGAGAGUUGUGUUUAGAUAUUCUGCAGAAUAGGUGGAGUCCUACAUAUGAUGUUGCGGCAGUGUUGACGAGUAUCCAAAGGUACAUAUAUACUUCGCAAGUGAUCUAUUGAUUCCUGAGUCUAUAUACUAAGUUUCAUGUAGUCUGCUUAAUGAUCCAAAUACCGGUUCCCCUGCCAAUGUAGAAGCUUCCAACCUAUACAAAGACAACAGAAGAGAAUAUACAAAACGUGUUAGGGAAACUGUCGAGAAGAGUUGGGAGGAUAAUUGAGAAUCGAUUCUAAAUUUCCGAGUGACUAUACGGCAGGAUUACAUUGAAGCACAUUCAGCGUGAUUCAUAGGUAGUCGUAUUUGAGUUAGGCCUUAUUUAAUGAUGAAAUGGCGGGGUUCUGGAGUUUUUGAAACGGCAUCUAUUAUGGAGUUUCCUUUCCAAUCUGUCUACAUCGUUUUUUUCUACAAGGAGUUCAGUCAAUAAGGGCAAUAUUUACGAUGGCCCAUCUCAUACAGCAUUAUCCAAUAUAUUUCGAUUAUAGCAUUUCGUGCUGGAUAUUACUACCAUACAUGCAUGCCACACGGUACCUAUGGUAACAGUAAUACGGAAAUUCAACAGAAAUGAAUCAUAAAAU